GGAAGAAAUGAGAGAAAGGAGAAACCCAAGUAAUAUCAGAAGUAGUAGUUGAAGUAAAAUUAGAGGACCAAAUAAAUCUGUUUCAUCAACAUCUUCAUUACUGUCAUCAUUUUCAUCAUCAUCAUCAUCAUCAUCGCCAUAACAUUCCCUACUUGUUACCUAUUCAGUUUAAAUAUUUUCUCUUCGCCUGAUUGUAAAACCGUUUUUGUCUUCCAUUAUUUUUCUUACUUUUUGACCAAUCGCAAACCAUUUAUCCACCAUGAUGAUAUUUACUAAAGCAAACUGUCCAACGAUAACAUCCAUUCAAAUACAAUCUUUCUUUUGUUUACCAUCUUGAUUAACCAGUUCGGGCAUCAAUGGCAAUGGCGAAUCAGAAAUUAUCAUGCUAUUCUCCCUUUUAACCUCUCUUUCUCUCCUUUUCUCUAUCCUUCUUUAUCUCUAUCUCUGUCUUUCGCCUUUUCCUUUUUCCUUAAACUAUCGUCUCUCUCUCCCUUCUCUUCCUCUUCUUCUCAUUUAGUUUUUUUGCCUUUUUCUCGUAUGUCAAAUGAGCAUUUCAAUGCCAAGCCAAUGUAAAAAAAAUGUCUUGCCAAUUGAUUGCUUUUCUUCUUGCUUGUUUGAUUUCUACAUUGUUUGUUGUAUUUAUGUAUAUUCUCGCAUGGAGUCACCAUAGAGAAACCAGAGAAGGAAUAAUAUUGCGAUCCAUUGGAACAUUUUGUGCGAUAGUUACAUCAAUAAUCAUUCUUCUAGUCAGCGGCUACAUUGACUAUGAUACUAUUAAGCCAACCUUCAGUCUUUCACCCAGUUAUCUAUUUGAAUCUAUCAUUAUACCUGUUGGUUUAACAUUAAUAUUGUUUAUUGGACCCAUAAUCGAUGCAUAUCGAGAAGGCACCCUUUUCGCUUUGGAAAUUGAUGAAGGAUGGAAUGCGGAUGCAUUGCCUCCAUUUUUUACGGUCCUUCGUGCCUAUCUUGUCGGACCUUUCACUGAAGAAUAUUUAUACCGUUUUCUCAUGAUAAAUGUAUUGAUUCAAUGUUUUACCACUUCUUCAUCGAUACUUAUAUCAUCUGGACUCUUUAGCAUAAGCCAUAUCAAUCAUUAUAUCGAAAGAUUAAUAACCGGCAGUGAUACUGUUGAUUGGCUUGUUCUUGCUGUUCAUCUUUUACAGACAUUUGUUUUUGCCUGUUAUGCCGGUUGUAUUUUUAUUCGAGCGAAAUCUGUUCUCUCUCUAUUCUUAAUACAUUCAUUUUGUAAUUGGAUGGGUGCACCUCGAGUAGAUCGUAUAUUUGCCGACAAAAGGCUUACCAUUUGGACAUUUUUUGGUUUAAUUAGCUGCAUUACUUUAACAACCAUAUACAUGAUCAAUUGAAGGAUUAUAUACAUUAGUGGACCAAAGAAAAUAUCCUUCAUAGCUACUUUUAAUCCUUUUCUUAUCAAAUGGUCUCAUGUACCUGGAAAAGUCCAUUUCUAUUUUCUCAUUUCCAGAUGAUAUUAUAAAUGAGUUUUACUUCUGCCAGGAAAAAUUCAAUUUAAAAGUAUCAAGUUACUUUCUACAACAAUAGAUGGCGCCUCAUUGUCAGCACAAAAAUUUUCACGUUUAAAUGUAACCAUAUGAUCAUAGCUUUGAACCCCACCUUUGAAUGUAUCUUUUGUUGCUGUAAAAGUUUUUCUCAACCAAAAGGAUGCCAUUUUUAAUAUUGUUACUCAACCACAUAUCAAGUGACAUCAUUCAACGAAAUUUUUUCUCACAAGCCAAGCCUUAUCCUAACCUGAUUUAAACAAAGUGAUCAUUCAACGUUGAAGUUAUUCCAGCUCACACCAUGUUAACCAGUUAAAUGAUUAUCAAUAACCAGCGAUUAAGUUAAUUUAAUCUGCAGCUGAAUAUUCGUUUUCUCAUAUGCUCAGAAUUAAACUCUCAUGACUCAUGGAACUUCUUUUAAAAACAAGUGUCCUCAUCUUUUAAACGCCAUGCCUGUUCACCACCAAAAGCCCAACUAAAUUGUCAUCGAUUGACAUUUUAAUCCAUCAUUACAAGAAAAUUUACAUGUAUUUUCCACGUAGCUCUGAAACUUCGCUAAAUCUCUUAUCAUAUCAAAUUCCUAAUUCCUAAUUCCGAAUGUUAAAUUAAGUUAGCAUUUCAAUUGAAUGGUGAAAAUGGCACGAAAGCGGCACAAUCUGGAAAUAAAGUUUAAGUAAUUUAGAUUAUACCAAAUCUGGAGUCAAUUGAACAGAUCCCAUCAAAUCAAAUUGGACACACGAUUUUACUCGUUUGGGUUACCUUAAUAAAAAAUUUGCUGCCAAAACCACAAAAUUGAUGUUCUCAUAAAAAAAAGAUCAACAAAAAUUUGUAAAAACCGAGAAAGCAACAAAUCAAACUGAAGUCAAUUAAACAAUUCAGUUUGCCAAAAAACACUCAUUACCAUUAAUAAUAACCAUAAUAUACUAAUAUACUUUACUAAUGAUGUUAACCUUUGAUAAAUAUUUAGUCAAGUUAUUAAAUCAACUAUAAUAUUUUAUUUUAUUGAAUUCAGAAGACGACAAGGAGCAAAAAAGUAGAUAUUUAAAGUUUAUGGAAAAGCAAAUGAAUAAAAGUAACUGUUCAUACCAAAUGAAA